CCUACUAGCCUUCGACAGAUUUGCCUCACUUGCCACAUCUUACUUACUUGUCACCUCAUCACAUAGCAUAGGAUUCAAAAAUAUGUAUAAAUCGAGCGCCUAUUUGCCCAGAACGGCAAAGCCACGUAAUCCUGAUCCCAAUCCCAAACCACGAAAGCUUUGCACGGAAGAACAGGAAUUUCUGAUCUUUGCAAAUGCUUUAAAAAAAUUUCAAGUUGAGGAUCCGACCAAGGGGCUGUCCAAGUUCGUCGUGUUGGACCAUGAUGUGCCGCCAGCUGAGUACCUGGUGAAGUGUAUCCAGGACAACGAGUGUCCGGAUGUCAUUGUCACCGUCAAUGGUCGCAUGUUCCUGUGCCACAGGAUCGUGCUGAGCAUUUACUCGAAGCGAAUGCUGAAGCUAUUGGCAGGCGACGUAAGUAAUAUUGUGUUCGACUCGGAGGAUCUGACGCCGAAGGCAUUCAGCGAUGCAUAUCAAUGGAUGAUUUCCACAAAUGGUGAGCUGGACAUUUGCGACAUGGUAGACAUUUUGAGAGCCGCCUACUUUCUGGAUGUGCCCGAGCUGCUCGAGGCUUGUUGGCAAACCCUGGAUAGUCCUGCUGUCGACGAGUUAUCUGCGUUUCGCAUCAUGUAUGAGAUGCGUGCCGCCACCAACAUGCCAGAAGUAUUCGAUAAGCUGGCGGGACGACUCAGCAAGGCAACGUUGCCAAUCGCAUCCAGUCGGGAGUUCCUCAGCCUCAGCGAGAUGCAAAUUUGCUCCAUACUGAAGACCAGUACUCUGGCAGUCAACUCGGAAAUGGAGCUCUUAUACUGCGCCUUGAUGUGGCUAUCGCAUUGCUGGCCACAGCGCCGUUCCAGCACCAAUGUGGUUUUGAAACACAUCCGCUUUGGCUACCUGCCGCCCACCAUGCUGAGCAAGUUCAGGACAAAGGAACGCAACCGGGUGGGUCACUUUGGGGAGAUACUGGAGGAGUUUAGCAAGUCGCCCGAUGUCAACCAACUCGUGCAGGACGGACUGUUCGACAGCAGUUUGGUCAUAGCCGCCUACAAUGAUCCCAAUGUCCUCGAAGACAACGUGGAGUUCAAGCAGGUGAAGCUGAUGGAUCCACGCUGUUGGAUACGGGAUCAUCGAUGUGCAUACCAUCGGAACGUGACCACGCUGUGUCCGAAUAUGCGUUACGUAACGCUAGACGAUUUCCAAAAGUACCUAAAAACCCUAUCAAGGUUACGACCAGAUUUUGACAGGCUUUUCGAGUAUCCCGAUAAUGAAGCUAAAGAAGAACUAGAUUCUGAUUGGGAAAGAGAGCGGAAAAUCAAUAAGUUGAUGCUCUUGAAGAAGGUGGUUGGCAUGGAUGCGGAUUUGGAUAGGCAUAUCGAGAGUAUUAGGCAGAAGCGAAGCGAUCGAAAUCAAGAUCCAAAAACUCAGAUUGUGCAGGCAUAGGGCCUGCUUCUACAAAACGUGAAAUUCGCAAGUUGAAAUUAGUUAUAAAUCAUGAUUGUGUUUGCACUUACUCUUUGCCGCACUCAUUAGAUCUUUGACCUCUUU